AUGAAGGCAAGUAACAGUGAUAAUGUUAAUGAAGGUGAAGACAAUGUAGACGGAAAGGAAGAACACAGAGAUGUGAAGGAGCAGGAAAGCAGUGAUGCCAGUGAACAAAGAAACAGUGAUUGGACAGGACAGGAAGAUAGCAGCAGUCAUGGGCAUGAAGUAGAUCAUAGUGGUGUUGCUGCAGCUGAGAAAGAAAAUAAGGAAGUUACAAAAGAGGUUGAGAGCGAUAGAAACAAGGAUCGUGUGAACGUGGAGGGAAACAAGAAUGAAGAUAAAGAAGAAGACGAAGAAGAUAACGUGGCUGCCAGAGAAAAUGAAGGCAGUGAUGGUGGCAAGGAAGAAAGCACCAGUGGUGGAAUUCAAGACAGAGAAGGCACCCGAGAUGCAGGGAAUAAGCAAGGCAUCCUUUUAUUUGAUCGCAUAGAGUGGCCUGUGGAGGACCUGGAGAGAGGUUGCUCGGAGACAGCUGAGCUGAUGGAGAGCUUCACACGUGUCUUUGUGGACAGCGUGAGCGAUAGUUUCUACCCGGUGCCUCAGGAAGCCAUUGGGGUGGGCAGUGCCUUUGAGGGCUGGAGUCCCGGGGAUUGGGAUGGCGUGUACCGUGUGCUGGUCCCGCUGAAUCCCCCGCCAGGGCAUUCCUUCCACCUGGAGCUGAACAGCACAGGGCAGGUGGCAGCAAGAACCUUUAAUGUCCGUGUGGAGCUGGUGUGCAUGUGCCAGAGGGAGCAGCUGGGGGAGAAGCUCUUGUGCUUGCUGCACCACUCACAGGAGGAACUGCAGCACAAGCAGGAGCGCAGCCUCCUAGAGACUCUCUGCACAGGCUCCUAUCUGGACGUGGAGAAAACCUCCCGCUGGUUCUGUGACUUGGUGAGAUGCUCGUGGCUGCACGUGCCUCAGUCGUACUCAUGGCACUUGGUGUUUCAGCGCUGCAGCCGGUCCUGCCGAUUUGAGCUGAGCAGAGGCCGGAAGAGCCUGAUGGUGGAGAUGCUCUUUGGAGUGCGCCAAUGGGACUCUGAUAUCUUUGUGGUCAGCCAGACCACUGAGGCCCAGAAAGGCGGCUCCAGCAUCUUUGUGAGCAGCCAGUCCACCGAGGCCAGAUUCCCUGCAAGCACAGCGUGGGUUGAGACGUCUGCUGUGGCAGAGGUGAAGUUCUUCUGGUACAUUGCAAGGCAGGUGCCAUGUGAGAGCUUGCACCUGAAAUGCCUGCAGGUCUUCACCCGCAUCCUGAGGGGCACAGGUUUCUCCAGCUCUACCUGGAAGACCGUGGUCAUGCAUGUGCUGACCACUGUACCGCUGUCCCGGUGGAGCAGGAGGGAAUUUGCGCGGCAGCUAUGGGACAUCAUGGCAUACCUGCGCCGGUGCCUCAAGUCAAAACGGCUGGAGCACUUUGUGCUGGGAAACAAGAGGCUUCCUGAAGUGAUCAGCGUGCCACCAGCAAUGCGAGGGGUUGAGCCACCAAACCUCUUUGAGCACCUGGCCCGAGAUCCGGCCGCCCACAGAGAGGCAAUGAAAGCUUAUGGGCAGCUGCGAUUUCGCCUUUGGGUGCUGCUGUCCAGCCGCUGA